CCGAACUAAAGAAAAGGAAUUAUUCAGUGGCAGUGCGAGUUUAAUUAAUUGUUAGGCUUCCUGGUGAACAAGAAAAAUGACAUCGUUAAAUCUUUUGGUGGGUUAUGGAUCUGAUGAGUCCGACACUUCAGAAACAACCGAAAACAUUGAAUUGCCAUUACCUGAAGAAUCUGCAACAACAAAGAAAACUAACUUUUUUCAAAUUGUUGAUGAUAGUAGUAGUGGGGAUGAAGAUCAAACAGAUGAUUUUUCUUUGCAGGAUAAAUAUUCAAGAAACUUAAAGAACCCUUUUCGAAGUUCAGAACCAACUGUUACAAAACAUUCUGUCUUCACAAAUCCUUACAAGGAAGCUGAAGAUGCAGAAAAAGGAACACUUGAAAAACAUGUGAAAUUUGCACCUAAACUUGAAGAUGUUAAAGAAAUAAAUGGAAGAAAGGUCUGUUGGAACUACAGAAAAGGUAGAUGCAGAUUUGGAUCAAACUGUGUCUUCGCUCAUGACUCAGAAUUGUUGCAAAAGAAACAAAAGCAAGUAGAUCCUUUGGAAAAUAGCAUAUGCAGCCCAGACUUUGAUGAUAGCACUGGAAACCCCACAAUAUCCCAAAACUCUAGAUGUUCAACAAAAAGACAUUCUGGUGAUCAGAUGGGCAAUCCAUCGGAGAAAAAAGUAAGACUCCAUCAGCACCAUUAAAAGGAAUUUUCAAAGCAAAACCAAUAUGUACUUGUUCAAAUAAUCCACAAAGUGUUCAGUUUUACUACUGCAAAAAUACAGUGUUUGUAUUUGUCUAAGAAAA